AUGUUCAGCCGACUUGCCAGGCCGCAGAGCGCUUUGCGCGCGGCUUCAUCUUCUAUCCCCGUGAGCUUCAGUCCACCCAGUGCCCUGGUCGCAAUUAUUGACCGCGUCUCGUCUAGCCUACCUCCGCCUUCUCGCGCUUCCAGAUCCGUGGCCUUCAUCGCCUCCCCUCAAUUGCAGCAUGAUGCCACUUACAAGGAGAACGGUAUCCCGGAGUUCCUAUCUCCCGAGGCUUUCGACUUCUCCUGGACCCAAUACCAGUCCCUGCUCGUUGACAAACUCAACCUGUUGACACAAGAUACCGUCGAUGCCGAUGCCAAACCCGGAGAAUUGCUGGUCAAGUACUCCCGGCGUCCGGAGAUGGCCUCAGUGUUCAACUAUGCCUCAAUGGCCCACAACAACCACUUCUUCUUCAACUGUUUGUCCCCCACAGCCACCACCAUCCCCGAAAAGUUCUCUAAGGACAUCGUCGACACCUGCUCCUCCGUGGAGUCCCUGAAGUUGGACUUCCUGGCCACAGCAAGCUCAAUGUUCGGCCCCGGCUUCGUCUGGCUCGCCAAGAACCUCGAGCGCGAGGGCAUGAUGCACAUCUUCUGCACCUACAACGCCGGCUCCCCCUACCCAGCCGCCCACUCCCGCCGCCAACCCGUCGACAUGUCUACCCACACCCCCGAGACCCAGCUCGGCAACCAGUUCGCCGGAUCAAUGGGCGCCCACGCCCAGAACCAAAAGAGCCUCGCCCCCGGCGCCCUCGACGUGCAGCCCAUUCUGUGUGUCAACACCUGGGAGCACGCUUGGAUGAUGGACUACGGUAUCGCCGGCAAGGACGAGUACCUCGAGCGGUGGUGGGAUCGGAUUAACUGGGAUGUGGUCUUCGACAACUACAAUGCCGUCAGCUCGCUGAAGGGCUCGCGGAGCGCCGCCAACCGCGAUCGGAGUAUGGGCAUGCUCUAAGCUGAAAAUCAUUUCUGUCUCUGGAUAAUUUGUAUUAUAUACUAUCAUGUUCUUAUUUUUUGCACUGUUUUCCCUUCAUUCUACAGGCCUUCGUUUGAGCUUGUACAGCGAUCCAUCCAAUAGAAUCAAUUGGCGAUAUGCUCUA